AUGCCCCGCUUUAAUCGACGGGAGCAGCUCCCGCUCCAUAUCAAGCGCGCUAUUUGCGCGCACCAUGUCGACAACCCCCGCCUGCGUCAUGUUGACCUGGCGAGGUGGUGCUACACGCAGUACGGAUUGCGCCCGGAUCGCUCCACUGUCGGCCGCAUAUUGAAGCUCGCCGAGCGAUGGGCUGCCACGGCAACCGGCGACAACCAAGUGCGCCGUCGAGGUGGCGCAUGGCCUGAGCUGGAGCAGGCCAUGGCGCGGUGGAUCGCAAACGCAGGGCCCGCUGGCGUGCCUCUGACGCUGCAGACCAUCCGCGACCAUGUCGCGACGAUGUCCCGGAACAUGGGCAUUCCGCCCUCAUUCCGCUGCUCCAUCGGCUGGGUGCGCCGUGCUUUGAGGCGCCAGGGAGUGAGGUGCCGUGCAGCACAAGGCGAGGCGGCUAGCGCGGACAUGGCCGCCGUGCGCCACGCACGUGAGAAGCUGCCGCAACUCCUCACGCAUCUCGGUGUCACCCCGCGGGACACUUUCAACCUCGAUGAGACGGCGCUCUGGCUGUCAGUCCUCCCUCGGCGCACUUACAGCAACGGCCGCAUUCCCGGCCGCAAAGUAUUGAAGGAGCGGCUCACUGUGGCAUUCCUCGUGAAUGCUGACGGGAGCCACGUAUUCCGACCGCUCGUGAUCAGUAAGGCGAAGCGGCCGCAUGACUUCCGCCCGGAUUAUGACCCUGAAUCCCUUUGCUACUGGCGGCACAACGCGAAAGGCUGGAUGACCUCGCCAGUACACGACGAUGAGCCCUCCCCCGCCGUCUACCCCGACAUCGAGCUCGACGACGACAUCGACGAUGUCGGGACGCUUAUUAGCGGGCUCGCCCUCGGGAAUGCGGCGAUGACGGCCGCAGAGUACGUCGCCAUCGACGACGACGAGCCAACCUGCGCCGAGGGCGCUGCGGGACAGCCCACGACUGAGCCGGAGGCGGGCCUAGAGGUGGAGCUCUGGCACGCGCCGACGACCAUGCAAGCCGUCGACGACGACGCCGACCUAGUGUGCCGCGAAGCGCGGCGCACUGCACGGGCGGCAUGCGAGAUGCUCAUCGGAUAUGCACAGGCCACCCGCAUCACGCCGCGCGAUCUGUGCCAUCUGUUCGAUAUCCGCAACCCCAUCGUAAUCGCGCGGAUGGAGCGGGCGAGCCCGUCAUUCAAUCUCAACGUGGCGCCUCAGCCCGUACCCUCCCCGGGCGCAACUCCCACACCCGAGACCCCUCGUCCGCGCGGCCGUGUGCUGCCCGGCUGGAUGACCCGUCCGUCUCGCCGUCAGGAGUUGUUUGACGCCGGUGUGGGCGCCGUGAUGGACGGGUAUGUGGACGCGGCUGAGUGGAUGCGUCUGUGA